CAAAUAUCGGAAGUGCGGUUGUUUACGGAAUCAGGAGAAGCGCAGCGGUAAACAUUUUGUAACGUUAGGGUACAUCUUAAGCUGGUGAAUUACUUUUGUUACGAAAACCAUAUUUCACUUAAGCUACCUUAUUUGUGUGACGAACGUGGUACAUUAUCUUUCGGAUAUUUGCUUUUCAAACUGUGUUCGGAAUCUCUAACUGAAUGAAACUAGUGCGAUAAGCUAGUUGGCUAACAUUGGCAUCACAGGUGACCACACAUCCCGUUUAACAGCAGCUUUGGUGUCAUGGAACUAACCAAGCUGUAACUGUAGACUGCUCAGAUUUAUGUCUACAACGUGUUUGACUACGCUGAGAAUCAAAUUAAAGAAACUAGCACAUCCACCGUAGAGAGCGUUAGCUUUAGCCAACAAAUGCUCUGCUGCAAGCUUUGUGGUGCCACUUGAAGGUUUCCUCAUAUUCAGCUGACUUGAAGGAAUACCGUUGAGUCCAGUUGUCAGAUAGUAUAAUGGCCGAGACUAUGAUAACGUUCCAGUCCCAACUUUCUGGUGUCAUGGAAACCGUCUUCAAGGCUGCCAUGUAUGAGAUCACCCGGCUGGUGGAGGAUAGUUUUUUGGAAGAGGUAACGCGGUGCAGGGAGCAGGUCGAGUCCCUGAAGAGGCGGCUGAAGUGGUCGGAGAGUCGACGCAAAGAAAGAGAAGGAGACCGGAGGGGGAGAUGCAUUGACUGCGGGAGAGUCGGGAUGUCAGAUGAGGACAGAUCCAGAGCGACCGACAAAAAUCUGAAACAGGAGUGUGUGCUACAAGAAGAGAUGCAUGGUUCCCAAAGCACAGAUGGAGAAACAGCUAGUCACGAAGAAGAAGAGGCAAAACCAGAGGCUCACAGUGCCAUGAAGGCAACACAGUCACCAGAUGUACAAGGUGAAAAAUUUGAUCGACUCCUCAAGGAAGAAGCUCUUCGGAUCACACCGGAAACCAGUGACAUGCAAGGGUGGGGUGUCAGUUUAGAUGAAACAGAAACAUCAGGGCUGCCAGGACCCAGUAAACACUUCACUGACCAGAAGCUCCCAAAGUGCCAUGUGAACUGGGAAACUGGCUUCCACCAGAGACAAGAAUCAAGCCAGGAUGGACACCCAGGUGACCCAUCUGAACCUAUUUUCCAAAACCGGUAUGCCAUGGAGGACUUAGGCGACUUUGAAAAGAGUGGCUAUGGAGACAGCAACAUGAUAGACAUGGGUAACUUUGAUGGGUUACGAGAUUCACCGUCCCACCUGGGCGAAGAUCUUAAUUACGUGGGGCACUAUAAUGAGGAUGUGGAAGCACCAGAAGAAGCUGAGCAUCAGGCUUACCAAACAGGUGCCCCACGGAAUAAAAGAGGUGCAGCCAGUUCACCUACAGGUUCACCCUCCAGGACUAACAUUAAUGUGGGUGGAGAGUUCAGCUGUUUACUGAUUAAUGAGGAAGGGUAUCUGCAGGACCCGAAUGCUUUGUACCCCGAACAAGUGUCUGGUGAUUCAGGUAACAGAUUGAGCUUUCGGGGUCAGGGCAUUCGUAUCGACCCGUCUCUAGACAGCACAGAGGGUAUGUAUGGGCCCUCAGCUACAUACAGUGAUACUUUAAAUGUGGGUGAGAGAUUGCAGCAUCAGGUAGCGGGGAGAGCAUUACGGAGGCACACCUGUAACCAGUGCUCCAUGUCCUUCCCUGAUUCUGCUUCCCUGAAGACCCACAAACAGACACACAAAGGCAGCGCACAAGGGCCGCCAUACUCCUGCAACCAGUGCGGAAAGACCUUCACUCAAGCUUGUAACCUCAAAGUCCACCAGAGAAUUCACUCAGGGCAGGGGCUCCACCUCUGCAGCCACUGUGGAAAAGGUUUCCCUUCCUUUUCGGACCUAAAGUCACACAAAUGUGGCCAAACGGGCGACAAACCUUACAGCUGCACCGUAUGCGGGAACAAGUUCAGCCGCCUCUGGAAUCUGAAGUUGCAUCGGAGAAUUCACACCCAGGAGAAACCUCAUCGGUGCAACAUGUGCGAUAAGAGCUUCACUAGAGCAGACAUAUUGAAGGUUCACCAGCGCACCCACACAGGGGAAAGACCGUACUGCUGCGCUGUUUGUGGCCUCAGCUUCAAACGCCUGGAUCAUCUCAAAUCACAUCAACGGAAACACAUGACAGAUCUUUAGUACUACAAGGAAAGAGCAUCAGAGAAUUUAUUAUUGUUUGUGCUUUUAGGAGGUUUUAAAAUUAAUGUUUGUAUUUGUGUGCCACGGAUAUGUCGCAUACAUUUUAUGUUCUCAGUUAUUAUUUAAGAACUUUUAUGUUCCUAUGAAAAAUUUAAGACAAAGAAAGCACCAAAUAUCACAUUUCUCAUGCUUAUUUGUAUCCAAAUACUGCUGCAUAUUUUUUACUUAUAAAGUGCUGGCUUUGGAUAAAUUUGACAGAAAAGUAAGCAACAUUAUCCUUGUGAUUACACAACUGAUUCAAAAUAAAGCUGACUUUAGACACUA